CCUGCGCAGAUACCCCGAUCCAAAUACACUAGUGGACCAGACGUGAUUUAAAAACACAGCACCACCUGGUCGGUUGGCCAUAAGCUCUUUCCGAUGGCUGACCGGAGCACCGUAGAUCUUCCCUCUCUGCAGCUGAUCCCCGGCCUGCCGUAUGACGUCGCUAUGCGUUGCCUCGCUCGGAUCCCUCCUCUAUUCCACCCCACCCUCUCUCUAGUCUGCAAGUCAUGGAGCUCGGCGGUGCGUUCGGAUGCGCUCUUCACCGCCCGGUCCCCCCUCCGUACCACUCAGGUUUUCCUCUAUUUCAUCAUCCGAAUCAACUCUUCUUUGCACCUGUACGCCCUCUUCCCGUGCUGGGAGCCCAGAAAGGCUGUUUCUCUCCCGUCAAUCCCAUCAGCGCCUAUCGGCGCCGCUUUUGCCGUUCUAGGUCGUAAGAUUUAUGUAAUUGGAGGGUCCAUCAACGAUAUCCCAUCCAACAAGGUGUGGAUUUUCGAUUGCUGGUUCAAUCGUUGGGAAAUGGGGCCGAGAAUGAAGGUCGGAAGGGAGUUCGCAGCUGCCGGAGUAGUGGGUGGGAGGAUAUAUGUGAUUGGCGGCUGUGUUGUCGACAAUUGGGUCCGUUCAAGGAACUGGGCAGAGAUCUUUGACCCUGUUUCCCAUUCUUGGUCAGCAUUGCCCAGCCCGAUUGACAUCAAGGACAAAUGGAUGCAUGCCAGCACGGUAAUGGACGGUAAACUGUACGCAAUGGCGGAUAGGGGUGGGUUGGUGUACAACAUUGGGGUUGGAAGGUGGGAAACUAUCCCGAAGCGGCUAUACAUGGGGUGGAGAGGUCGGCCCGCGGUGGUGGGUGAGGUAUUAUAUUGCUAUGACUGUUGUGGUAACAUUAGGGGAUAUGAUGUGAAGGAAGAUGGGUGGAAGGAGUUGAAGGGAAUAGAUGAGGGGUUACCGAGAUUCUUGUGUGGUGCCACAAUGGCUAAUUCUGAGGAGAAGUUGUGUGUGACAUGGGAAAGGAAUGGUAGUAGUUGCAAAGGGGUUGAAAUAAUGUGUGCCCAGAUUAAGGUUGGAAAGGAUGAAAACGGGGAUAUGUGUGGGAUUCUUUUAUGGUCGGAUGUGAUUCUUAGUGUUCUAAAGGGUUCCUCAGUUGAGCAUUGUAUAGCUGUUGAUAUGUGACGAUGGUAGAUGGGUACAUGUGUAUCUUAUAGGGGAUGGAAAUCGAGUGUUGUAACUCAAAAAGGUUGUUUUUUUAGUUCAAGUGCAUUUUUUUUCCCAACUAAUGUGUGCAUAGAUCAAUGAAAAGGAUGGGUAUAUGGUUUUGUGUAAAAUUCUUUCAUGGUCAGACAUGACUCUUAAUGUUCCAAAUGGCACCUAUAUAGAGCAUUGUGUCCCAGACUCCCAGUUAUUAUAGAUAUACUAUAGAGUUCAAGAAGGUAGUCAUAAUUUGUUAAGUGUAUAUUUCAGGCUUUGUUCAAGUGUUGUGCUUGAGACUUUGUGAUUUUGCUCACCUGUUUGGUGUUUGCUGUAGCUGAGCAGUUUGUAUCCAUGUUAUAUAGAGAUCAAUGAAUGAGCAAAGUUCCUUCA